UAAAGCUAGGAACGAACUCCGAUUUUCCAAGAGAAACCGUAGAAAGCUGCUGCCUUCUUCUACAUUUCCUUCACUUCCAAAUACUUCACUGAUUCCCAACAAACCCAUUUUCACAUUCACUCAUUCUUCUGACUUUUCAUCCUUCAACUUCACCUCCCAGAAAUCGGUCUUGUUCCACUUUGUCAAUCAACUUUCAAUCCCUACAUCGUCCCUUCUUCUCCCUAUCUCUCCAAAACACCAUCAUCUCAGCUCAAAAAUUUAGCAAGAGCAGCCUCUGAAAUGCAGCUCGAAAUAGCCCCCUUUCACCCAAAAGACUAGUUUCAUCUCCUUCAAAAAACUGCAGCCAAAAUCCAUAAAAACUGCUCCGAACCCAGCUCAAAACAGAUCAAUAAAAGCACAAAGUGAGCAGCUCCAAAGUUGAGUGAAGCGAAGUCGUCGAGUCUUCCGAUCCAGGUCUUUAUUUGAUGCUUAUUCAAGAAUUAGAAGUUGUUCCUGUUAAAAAAAGGGCUUUCGAUUCCUUGGGAUGUGAUGGCAAUUUUCUUGUCUUCAGGCAGUCUACGCAUUUGUUUCUCCAAUCCCAAGUCAAACUUGCCGAGUUUACUUUGGCGUGACCUUUUUCUAUGACCGAGUUCAUCAGUUGUACCACUACCACCGAGUCGAAUUCAUCGGAGUCGACAGAUGACCCCAAGUUGGCCAAUGCAUCAGCCUCACUAUUUUGAUCCCGAGUCGCUAAUAUAAUUCUGCAGAACACGUUUACCUCUUUUGAGCUUUAACUAUGGAGGGACAGCAACGUAGUGGCCAUGCUUAUGAAGAUGUUACUCACCCAACCGCGUUGCACUCAGGGGAUGAAAGACAUGGUCAAAAUCCGGUUCACGGCCAAGGGAAAGUAGAAGAUGAAGGGGCGCAGGGAACCAAAAUAGGACUUCCAACAGUGUUAGACGAUGACCCUAAUGCACCAAAAGAUCGCCCUGAGGACAAAGCUUCUUCUAAUUAUCAGAGCAAAGUCACUGAUCCUACAGGCGACAAUAAGGAGGCGGCGGGAAUUACACCACUAGUUCAGUCAUUCGAGAAAAUGAGUGUGAAUGAAGGAAUAAGGCCAGAGAAAGGAGCAGGGGAAGUUGGCGGUACAGAAGAAGAGGGGAAGAGUAAAGCAACUGAUAAAGGAGUGUCAAUGAAGAAGUACUUGGCAGAGAAAUUUAAGCCAGGAGAGGAAGAUAAGGCACUUUCUGAGGUGAUAGCAGGCACACUUUCAAAACACAAGGAUAAACCUGAGGGAACAGAGGAAGAAAAGCCAACAGGGAAGGUUAAGGAAUCAGAGGAAGUAACCAAACAAACAGGACCUAAAGAUGAACAUGGGGUUGCUGGUGCGGCUACACACGGUGAAGGUUCAGGAAAGAGUAUUGUAGGUAGGAUUAAAGGUGCUGCAAGUUCGUGGUUUGGCAAAGGUACUGGAAAAUCAGUACCACAGAGCCCUACGGUCUCAGAUAGUAAUUAAGUGGUUUUUAUGUUUGAUAGUGAUCCCUCUUUUCAAAUUGUGUUCGAAAAAGCUGUUGUAUAUGCUGGUUGCGUCUUUCUUUGUUUGGUAUUCUGUUUGUUUGAGCACGUCUAAUCAGUUGUAAUUAGAUAAUGAGAUCUGAUGUUGUUCUGGACUGGAUUGGGUCGGCCAUGUCGGCUAUGUGCAUUUAUCUCUUUUGUAUAUUCACUUUCGAUGAAUUAUGUCAUAAUGAUCUUGUGUGGCUGUUUGUAUAUGAACCAAGAGUAAUAAGAGUAUGUAGUUCGGCUGA